AUGGCUCACCAAGCCGCUUCAGUGCGGGAGCUGCCCCAGCGGCUGUGGCCGGGCCCCAGCGGUCAGGGAACAGAGGAGCAGCACCUUCUCAGCAGCCUGGCCGCGGCGCAGGCCUUGGCCAAUGUCAUCCGGCCGUGCUACGGCCCCUACGGCCUCCAGAAGCUCCUGGUGACCGCCAAAGGAGAGACCGUCUUCACGGGGUACGCCACGGCCAUCCUGGGAGCCCUGCAGCUGCAGCACCCAGCUGCUCGGCUGCUGCGGGACGCCGCGCUGGGCCAAGCCGAACACUGCGGCGACGGGGUGGCCUUCGUGGUGCUGCUGGCCGAGGCCCUGCUGACGCAGGCCGAGCUCCUGUUGCGGGCCGGCCUGCCCCGCGCCCAGCUCCGGGAGGCCUACGCCGCGGCCGCCGCGGAGACCCUGGCCCUGCUGCCGUCGCUGGCGGUCCGGGCUCUGGGGCCUUUGGAAGACCCGUCCAGGGCCCUGUAUUCGGUGAUGAAUACCCACACGCUGUCCCAGGCUGGGUACUUGGCCAAGCUGGUGGCGCAGGUGUGCUGGGCGGCGAAGGAGCUGGACGGCACCUUCCGCCGGGAGCGCGUGGGGGUGUGCGCGCUGCGAGGAGGGCAGCCGGAGGACUCGUGCCUGCUGCCUGGGCUGGCUGUGCCGGGGAAGCCGUGCGGGCAAGUGACCGUGGUGCCGACAGGCGCCAGGGUGGCAGUCUUUGCUUGCCCCUUCGGGCUUCCCAGUCCAAAUGCCCCCGCGAAGGCCCGUCUAUCCGGUCCUGCAGACCUCACUCAGUUUAGGAAAGGGAGCGAGAGCCUGUUCCAAAAGCAAGUAGCGCAGCUGGCAAGUGCGGGCGUUAACGUGGCGGUGGUGUGCGGGGAGGUGGAGGAGAACCCCCUGGCACAGGCCGAUAAGUUCGACAUCAUGGUGGUUCAGGUGAAGUCCCCGCGGGAGCUGGCCGGCCUGAGCGAGGUUCUGGGCACACCUGUGAUGCAUCACCUGGUUGCCCCCCUGGAGCCCGGGAAGUGCCAGCGGGUGUACGGGCAGGAGCUGCGGGAAGGCCUGGCCGUGGUGUUUGAAUGGGAGCCUCCGGCAACCCCUGCGCUCUCCGUGGUCCUCCGGGGCCCCACGACGGCGGGGCUCCGGGAGGCAGAGCAGGCCGUCUACCAUGGAAUCGAUGCCUAUUUCCAGCUGUGCCAGGACCCCAGACUGCUUCCAGGAGCCGGGGCUACCGAGAUGGCUCUGGCGAAGAUGCUCUCUGAUACGGGGACCGCACUGGAAGGGCCUCGGGGCCCCGUGCUCCUGGCGUUUGCCCAGGCCCUGCGGGCUCUCCCUGCCACCUUGGCAGAGAACGCGGGCUUGGCCGCCGCCUCCGUGAUGGCGGACAUGAGCGCUGCUCACCAGGCUGGGUACUUCCUAGCCGGGGUGGGGUUUGAAGGCAUGAUCGACACGGCCCGGGAAGAGGUGUGGGACACCCUGGGCGCCAAGGCCCAAGGCCUCCAAGCCGUGGCGGACGUGGUCCUGGAGCUCCUGACUGUGAAUGAAAUCGUGAUGGCCAAGGAAAGUGCCCCGGGCCAGCAGGACCUGAAUCCUAAUAAGAAGGCCAAGGGAUGGAGACCCGUCACCCGUGGAAACACAUAA